GCCGCCCGCAAGUUCUUCAACGUCAUCAUCAGCAUCGUCACUCAGCAUUAUUAACUACAGGAUAUACACGUUUAUGGGCUGUAUGCUGUUUUUGCAUUGAAGAAAGUAAAAUCAAGACUCCUCUAAAUGGCUCUUCCUGUAAACGAUCACUCAAUCAGCUGCAACAUGGACUUUUCUUACAAUCCACUACCAAUCUAGGAUAUAAAACAAAAAACUCAAUCAACUACCAAAUCCGUGAAAUUGACGUAUUUUCAAUAAACCUACAUUUCGUUUACUGUUGAUUUUUUCCUCUACUAUCACCAAAACUCUGUGUAAAUCAAACGAUUUUUUUAACUUUUCCUGAUUUCAACCUACAUCUCAAUGUAUAGCAAGGAGCCUAACAAAUGCAAAAGGCCACAUAUGAACCAAGGAGGUAUAUAGAAAUGCAAGCGUCAAACCCAAAAACAAAGCUCGCUUAACCCACUUUAAUACAAACAGAAAAAGUCAACGUGACAUCCGUGGCAAUUCCAUUUUGGUAGUGGCCCAAAACUUGAAUAUCAAACAGCGGCAAAAAAAAAUCGUGAAAAAUUAACAAAAAAACAAAAAUUGAACGUCAAGAAUUAAACAUUACAAUAAAACCACAAUACAGCAAUGUUGAAUUUUUCACGUCUAAAAAUGGAAAUCGAACCUCUGGCAAGAAGAUUACCAGCAACUACGUCAACAUCAAAAAAGGCCUGUGGCGCUGCAAUAACAGUGGCAGCGUUAAAAAAUAAUAGCAAUUCGCAAUUGCUUGCAACGCACAAUCCUCGUCAUCGUCAACAACAGCAACAUCAACAUCACCGUCAACGUCACAAUCGAAAUCACGGCGGCGGUAGCUGUCACAAUCGUAUGCAGCCCUCAAUGACGAAGGCCUGUACAACAAAUUGCGGCGGUAUGCUGCUGCAAGUCUUCCUUAUAUUGACACUGUUCGUGAUUGGAAAUUUAAGUGCCUGGCAGGAGAACAUAAGACCCAAACUAUAUGUGGAAUUAGGUCCUGAAGAUGUUUUACAGUUUCUCGGAAAUGAAAGUGUCGUGGAUCAUUUCAAGCUGGUAACCAGAGAUGGUGAUUCUCUGCUGAUAGGAGCCAGAAAUAUUGUCUACAACAUAAGCAUACAUGAUCUUCAGGAGCAGCAACGUCUGGUGUGGAACUCACCUGAAGAAGAUCAAAAAAUGUGUGUCGUCAAAGGCAAAGAUGAGGAGGCGUGCCAAAAUUAUAUACGCAUCAUGGUCGUCACAUCUCCGGGACGUUUAUUUGUGUGCGGUACAAAUUCAUUUCGUCCCCUGUGUAACACUUAUAUAAUCAACGACAACAAUUAUACCCUGGAGGCAACUAAAAAUGGCCAGGCUGUGUGUCCAUACGAUCCGAAACAUAAUUCCACAUCGGUAUUUGCGGAUAAUGAAUUGUAUUCGGGUACCGUAGCCGAUUUCAGUGGCAGUGAUCCGAUUAUCUAUAGAGAGCCAUUACAAACCGAGCAAUAUGAUAGUUUAAGUCUUAACGCACCAAAUUUUGUCAGCUCCUUUACCCAAGGCGACUUUGUAUAUUUCAUGUUUCGUGAAACAGCGGUGGAAUUCAUAAAUUGCGGCAAAUCAAUAUUUUCACGUGUGGCCCGUGUCUGCAAAUGGGACAAAGGUGGACCACAUCGCUUCCGCAAUCGUUGGACCUCAUUUUUGAAAUCACGUUUAAAUUGCUCAAUACCAGGCGAUUUUCCUUUCUAUUUCAAUGAGAUACAAUCUGCCAGUAAUCUUGUCGAAGGACAUUACGGUCACUCAAGCGCCAAAUUGAUUUAUGGCGUUUUUAAUACACCAACAAAUUCAAUUCCUGGCUCAGCAGUUUGUGCAUUUUCAUUGCAGGAUAUUGCGGAUACAUUUGAGGGCAAUUUCAAAGAACAAAGUGGUCUCAACUCUAAUUGGCUACCGGUCAAUAAUGCCAGGGUUCCUGAACCACGUCCCGGUUCAUGUCAUAACGAUUCACGAACGCUUCCGGAUCCGACCUUAAAUUUCAUCAAAACACAUUCGCUAAUGGAUGAAAAUGUUCCGGCAUUUUUCGGUCAACCCAUUUUGGUUCGAACGAGCACCAUAUAUCGAUUUACACAAAUUGCUGUGGACCCGCAAAUUAAAACACCUGGUGGUAAAACUUAUGAUGUGAUAUUUGUUGGAACAGAUCAUGGUAAAAUCAUAAAAUCUGUCAAUGCAGAAUCAGCGGAUUCUGAUAAAAAGGUAACCUCAGUGGUAAUAGAAGAAAUCGAUGUAUUGCCAAAAACUGAACCCAUACGUAAUUUAAAAAUUGUGCGAACAAUGCAAUAUGAUCAACCCAAGGAUGGCAGCUAUGAUGAUGGUAAAUUAAUCAUUGUCACCGAUAGUCAGGUUAUAGCCAUCCAAUUGCAUCGUUGUCACAACGAUAAAAUCACCAGUUGCAGCGAAUGCGUUGCUCUACAAGAUCCAUACUGUGCCUGGGAUAAAAUUGCUGGCAAAUGUCGUUCCCAUGGUGCGCCGCGAUGGCUUGAGGAGAACUAUUAUUAUCAAAAUGUCACAACUGGUCAACAUGCUGCAUGUCCCUCAGGUAAAAUCAAUUCCAAAGAUGCCAAUGUUGGCGAACAAAAAGGCUACCGUGAUGAUAUGGGCUUAUUGGAUCAACGCCGCCAAAGCAAGGAUCAUGAAGUCAUCAAUUUGCACGACAAAAAUUUUGAAGGUCCACACAUCUCUCCAGAUAUCAUAAAUGCCCAAUAUACGGUGGAGACCUUGGUGAUGGCUGUUUUAGCGGGCUCCAUAUUCUCGCUGUUAGUAGGAUUCUUUACAGGAUAUUUCUGUGGUCGUCGCUGUCAUAAGGACGAGGAUGAUAAUCUGCCAUAUCCUGAUACGGAAUAUGAAUAUUUUGAGCAAAGGCAAAAUGUUAAUAGAAUUCAAGCUGAACCCAAACUACUGCCUCAAGUCGAAGAGGUAACCUAUGCCGAACCGGUUUUGCUACCACAACCACCACCAAAAAUGCAUUCGCCCAAGAGUACUUUACGCAAGCCCAUGCCGCCACAUCAUGGACCUAACUCCGAAACGUUCUUCCAAUUCCAGCCCGAUGGUUACAAUACCCAACAAUCAUAUCGUUGUCGUGAUAAUUUUGGUACUUUAAGAUCUCAUCAAGUUAUGGGUGAUAACUAUCGUCGCGGUGAUGGCUUUUCCACCACUCGCAGCGUCAAGAAGGCUGUUAACACAAAUACACGUAAUAGAAGUCUUGGUCGUUUAAGAAGGCAGCCGCCCCGUCAUGGUAUUGUAACUCAACACCGUUCCAAUAGUCCACAACACUCCAGUUCGGCAUCAUCGCCCGUUAUGUCAAAUAGUAGUUCUAGUCCAGCACCACCAUCCAGCAGUCCAUCACCAUUGAUCACUAAUACCAAAUCAAUGCCACUAAUCAAAACAACAUCUAAUAAUGCAAAAUCAACAUCAGCAACAGCAACAGCAAACGCAACAGCUUCAGCAGAAACAGGAUCGCUAGCUGGUAAUGAGUUGGAGGCAGCCGAAGGCAAUGGGGCAAAUGGUUCAUUGGCUGCCACAAAUGGCGAAACGGAUCCUCCCAAUAUAAAUUUAGAUGAGCACAAGGCUCCCGCUACUAUGCCAUAUUGUAGAACAAAGUCAACAAAAACAACAACAACAACAACAAACAACACUGCCAAUAAAACAAACGAAAAGGCUAAGGGAUUAGCUAAAACUACUACAGCAACAACUACUAAUUCUACAACAACAACUAAUCAUCAGCAUAAUAAAUUAGAGACAAAACGUAAUAGACAUAGACAUCACCAUCAUCACAAUAGCAAUGGCCAUAGCAACAGCCACCAAAAUGGCUGCAAUAAUAUCCAUAGCAACAGUAGCCGUAGGCAUAGAAGCUCUUUGGCUAAAUCCGUUCCUGUCACACCUGUCCAAGCUAACUCCACAACGAAUCAGUUUUUGCCCUCCUCAACCGAUUACAAUGAUGAUGAUGACGAUGAUGAGGAAGAUGAAGAUGAUGAGACCCAUGCCAUUUAUAAUAAUGGCAUGGUCUAUACACCACCCUACUCAUAUCCCAUAUUUUCCUUAGAAUAUCAGCAGGAGCAGCAACAACAACAAAAUCAUAAAGAUCACCAUGUACCACAGCAGCAAUAUCAGCAGUCUCAUCGUCGUAUGUUUCAAAGAGAGCAGAAUGAGGAGGAAAUCUUUAGAGAAGCCUGCUCCGAUCAACAUCCCCUGGAAUUGGGGCGCGAUAUGGAAGAUGAUUCCUCAUCCUUGGCCAUGAUAACACCACCUCCACCCUAUGAUACACCCUACAGAAAACAACAACAGCAGCAGCAGCAUCAGCAACAACAUAAUCAUCUCAAUUCUUCAUCCUCCUUGCAGCAUCAACAACAUCAACAACAACAGAAACAUAAACUCAAUUCCCAGCAUUCAGCUCCUCAUUAUAGCAAUUACAAUUCCUCCUCAUAUGCUUCGGCCAAGUCACGUUCCGAUAUGCCACCACAAUCACGUAAAUAUCUCUUCAGCAAUCGUGAGACUUUCACCAUAAGUUCCUCGAAUGGUAAUUCCAGUUCGAAUUCCAUACAUCAACAGCCAUUGCAGUCCACUUCGUUGGCUGGGACUUUGACAAAUGCCAUUACUCCCACAAAAUUGAGUGCUGCUGCUGCUGCCAUGUUUGCCGCCCCCCAAAUGGUGCAUCUGAAUCGUAAAUGGUCGAAUUUGCAUCGUAAAAGACGUCGGCGUAAUAGCAGUUCCGGUGAUUCCAAGGAAUUGGAUAAAUUGGUAUUGCAAUCGGUUGAUUGGGAUGAGAAUGAUAUUUAUUGACAUCUACGGAAAAGUAUAACCACAUUUCAUUUAUUUUAGUGCAAGAACACACACCCACACACACCCAUACAUACACACUAACACCAAAAACACACACCAUCAAUAAAAG